AUGGAUGAAAUAAAAGUGGGGAAAGUUUGGGAUGGUCAUCAUUAUGACAUGCAAGUGAUAGGGAAGUUCUUGAGUUAUGCUUCGAGGGGUGAUAGAGUUGGACUUAACAUGAUGUUGAUAAAAGGCAUAUCUCCCGAUGUGCAGGAUUAUGAUAAUAGGACUGCGUUGCACUUAGCAGCAAGUGAGGGCCACGCUCCUAUUGUUGAGCUUCUUCUUCACCACAAUGCCAAUUGUAAUCCCAUUGAUCGAUGGCAACGGACACCUCUGUCAGAUGCAAGAUUCUAUGGACACCGAGACAUAUGCCGGAUCCUGGAAGUAAAUGGUGGCGGAAAGGAUUUUUGUGAUGACCAACAAAUGACUGUACGACAAGAAGAUUUGAACGAAGUAAACUUUGAUAUAUCAGAGUUAGAUUCUGAGGAUCCAUCAGUAAAUGUCCAGGGCAUAUUUGGUGAAUCUGUGAAGGUCAAAUGGCGUGGAACUUGGGUUGUUAAAACGGUUAUAGGAAAACAAAUAUAUUGUCACGGUUUGAAGAUGAUACCAUCUGCUAAGGUUAAUACCCUUCUAAGAGAACUGAGACAUCCCAAUAUUUUGCAGUUUCUUGGUUUGAUUGAGAAAGAAGAGGAGAUGGUUUUGAUUGCUGAGUAUCUAUCAAAAGGUAAUUUAGAAGACAUAUUGAAGCAAAGAGUUCGACUUGACCAACCAACUGCUCUGCGCUAUGCACUUGAUAUUGCUAGGGGAAUGAACUACCUCCACGCGCAUAAACCUCUUCCCAUAGUUCACAAUCACUUGAAUAUCAGAAACUUGUUGCUCGAUGAAGGCGGUCACUUAAAGAUUGGCGAGUAUUGGAUGCAAAUGUUGUAUGAACAAAUAAACUCCAAUGACGACAAUUGCCAAAGAAGGGAUAUUCCAAACAUGGGUUCUACUGAAUUUAGUGAUACCGAGAAAGACAUAUUUUCUUUUGGUUACAUAUAUUAUCAGAUGCUAGAAGGCAAGGAUUUUCAAGACAACUAUAGUUUUGAACAUAGUAAGGAUCUUGAGUCCAUUGAUUUCAAACCAAGGUUUCUCAUAAGUCGGUCUUCAAAAAGAAUUAAAGAGUUGAUAGAGAAUUGUACGAGUAAAUGCCCAACACAAAUGCCUCCAUUUGAUGUUGUCAUUAGACUUCUUGAAGAGGAAUCUUUCUACCUAAAGAAACUUGGAUGUACUCCUGUUUGUAAUUGA